UAAACUUGGGAAAUCUCUCAGUGUUCGUAGCACAGGAUCAGAUCAGAUCUGCUAACCAACCAAGCAGGCAAGCAAUGAGGGGGAAAGGGUUGAAAAAGUCUCCAACAAUUCAAGUCCAUCCAACAAACCAGAUCCCUCUCUCCACGUUACGUAUACGAGGAUUUUAGGCAAUACAAGACUUUCCUAUCCUGUGUUAAUGCAAGCUUUGGGUGUUAUUUGGAUGCGGUCUUUUCUAGCCCAAAUUCUCACCACCACUUUUUAAGGCUGCUGAGUUGAGUCUGCUUUCCGUGAGGAUAUCCCAGUUUAGGUUGAGACUUUGGUCGAGUCGUUUCACUCGCACGGAGCACGGAGUACGACGGCUUUUUUCUUUCUCCGCCGGUGAAAUUCUCAGUUUGUGCCUUGGGAUUUGUAAUUUAUUUAAUUGAGAUUUUGCGUCACUUAAUUAAUUUUAAAGAACGACAUAACUACCCGUCAUAUUAAAUUAAUUUAAAAAACGACGUAACUACCCGUCAUAUUAAAUUAAUGUCUUGUUACGGGAACAAGUGACAUUGCAUUUAGAGAUAUUAUUAUAUACGUAAUACACGUUUAAUGCUGCCUUUCCAUGUGUCUUGAUCGACGAGUGUUAAUAACCGACGUGACCGAAUAAUAAUAAUAAUAAAUACGUAACAACGACCAUAUAGCUAAACUAAUGUGAGAGAAGGAUAGCAUUUUAUUCGCAUGUAUGUAUGUAUGAGACCAAGUUUUGAACUCGGGUGACAUUUAUCCAUGCAAAUCUGCUAAUUGAGGUACAACUUGAAGAAUUGUGUCUUAUUUAUGAAAAACACGGCUUACUUAUUUCCAGAAAGUUAUAGUGAUUUGACAAAAUCUCGUGUGACAUUUGUUCGUGUAUUACACGAAUCUUACAUCAUCAUCGAUUGUGUCUUAUAUUUCUGGAAGAAGUUAGUGAUUUUUUGACAAAAUUUUGAAAAAAAUAUUAAAAUAUUUACGUACAGUGAAUGAUCUGAUCUAAGAUCCGUCCGGACCGAAUUAUCAAUUGUGCAAAGCAAAAAUAAACGUAUAUUUGAGAGAAAUCCUAAAAGUGCAUUUAUGAAUUAUUUAUUAUCGUGAAGAGAAGAGAUUAUCUACCAUUUUGAGUGAAUACAAUAUCGUCCAAAAAGGUAAAAAGUUGCCUUUUGUCUCAUAUCGAGUCUAGAUUUCAGUGAGAUUUAUCCAGUCUAGAUUUCAGUGAGAUUUCAGAACCGGCCAGUAAAGUGUUCCUUGUAAAUUGGGAAAUUUGAGACGGAAAUAUUUUUCUACUGAAAAACACAACUCUUCUCUCCAGAAAAACAAACUAGAAAACAGUGUGUGUAAUAUUUAAUUCGACUAUUUCGUAUUUGUCACUCUUAACCCGUAAAACAUCUAAUUUUUACUGGAGCAAGAAACGCCCGCAUAUUUACAACGUUUUCGUUCUCUUUUUAUGUGAAUCUACACAUAGUAAAACCGUCUCAGAAACUCGUUUGCGUUGGUGGAAUGGAAAUAUAAGUUGGACGUGGUAGCAGAAAAUAUAACAGUUUCUCAGCUCCUUUUAUACCCAUCGAAAAGUGGGACUGGACAAGCGUCCAAACUCUGAAAUAGUCUCACCAACCACCUGAAUUGAAUAUGAAUUAGCUUCGGACUGUUUGAGAAACUCGUAAAAUUCUUGAUUGUGCUGUUUCACCGUGGCAUCUGUGACUUUACUUUAUGGUAAAAAGCUCUAAAUAAAACAUUACACGGAAAAAAAAGAAAUAUCCCCUUCCAGCCACGCACUUAUUUCCUGUGCAAGUCCAGUCCAGACACAACAUUACAACAUUACAUUUUUAAGGAAAACCCAGCAUGCGAUUCCGAAUUAAGGACAAUUAACAUUUACAAAACAGAAAGAGCGAAACGGAUUAAGAGUCAACUGAAGCGUGAAGACGAGCUAAAAAACGAUUUAUCAAAGAAACCAAAGCAAGGAAAAGGCAUCGUAGUCAGUCGAAUCAAAUCAACAAAAGUCAAGUCAACCCUCGAUCAACACCAAAGAUUUAAUCGUCAUCAAUACAAAUGCAAAUACUUGAAAUGUACACCUGGAAGGACUUGAACGUAUAAUAAUAUAAAAAAAGAGAUGAAUUCCCACUGAUGAUUGACAAGCGGGCUAAUAAUAAUCCUAGCAAUAAAUCACUGCUUUUGGUGAGCUAACCCAUCGUGGGGGUACAAAUUGGAUGAGGCAUGUCCACCGUGGCAGGGAUGUUUUUUAUGCAAAAUCCAGGAACGACGCCGGGCGGAGGAACGACGGGGAGGGGAAUUCCACCCAACUCCGGAGGGGAAGAAUGUCCUGAAACGGAAAAUAUUAAUCAGGAAAGUGACGAGGACAAUACGAGUUGUAGUGCCAGUGAAAUCGGAUGUGAUCUCAGCCUCUCAGCCUCCAACAACAACAACAAAUCCCCCGACUCCCACGUGCACAGUUCUUCCUCGAGAAAAAAUAAGAGGAAGAACUUCAAACCCAGAAACAUUCUGGAAUAUGCGGGUUCCGACGAGGAACAGGAACAUCACCACCACAACAAUCGUCCCCAGUUGAGCAAGUAUCACAAACCGAGUCGGCAGUAUGCCUCCUCCCAACAACGCCACGGCCACGAGAUGAAUUGCGAUGAGGAGGAAAAUGAGAAUCCUCGCAGCCCGAGUGAAUCCUCCAUUCCGGAAAAGGUCAAUGGGGUCGACUUAAGAAUGGACUUGGACGGGAUGGGGAACAAUGAGGAGGAAGAAUCCGGUGAAUCUGAGGACAAUUCUGAGGAGGAUAAUAAUCACGGUUCUUCCCAUAUUGAUGGUCCCUUGGACCUUCGAGAUUAUUCCAGCAAAUCCUGGCACCAGUCCUCCCACUCUUCCUCCAAGGAGAAAGAAGCCCUCGCCGUGCGGAGCCUUUUAAGCAAUUUAAACAAUAAUGUGAACGACCCCGCGUCCUUUUUGAAUCAUUCGUUCGCCGCUGCCGCGGCCGCGGUGAGUAACAACAUCCCGCUCGGAUUAGGGAUGGGAAUGGACCUCCGGAUGGCGGGUCAUCGCAGCGAACAGCAUUACGACGAGGCGCGGGGGACGGGGGACGUGCUUCCCAGCAGCACCACGAACCCCAGUGGUGGUUCGCACUUGAACAACAAUAACAUUUCUGCCCACAACAAUAACAACAAUCAUCACCCCAGUGCCGCCGUGCUGAACGAUUUUGCCGAAAAUACGAUGAAGGAGCUUCUAAGUUUGUAUGGAAUUACGGAUGGACAUCGACAAGCAGGUGGGAAGGUGAGCUCGGACUUGUUGCACGGGAACCUGGACACUCCCCCCGGACAAUCCAAGAUGAUGCUGCCCGAAAAUAUGGCCAGGUUUUUGGCCGCCAUGCAAGAAUCCGUCGUAUCCGCGGCAGCUGGAGACCACUCGACGCAAAGUAGUCAAUCCAGUGUCACGUCGAAUUCGAAGAGCAAUAAUCCCCUCAACUUUGCCAACAUUAGCAGCCUCGUGCAGCCCCCGUCGGGAGGGUCGCCGGUCCGAUCGCCGUCCACGAAUGGGUCGUACAGUAACCAUUCGUCGGGUUUGGGGGGACUUCAUCCCCAAGGGCAGCAGCAACACCAUCACCACCACCACGGCAGGGACAAUGGUAAUGGAAACGGGCACCUUUUCUCACAGCACAACAAGCAUAAAAGUCGUGGAUUGGCAGCAUUUCCCGUGAUCCGAGAAGGUCUUUUAGGUAAAGGAGCAGGCCCCAUCGACUACACGCGAUACGUUCGACGCUUUGGCAACUCGAUGGAAUGCGGUUACCAGCAAUGUCGCGAACUUAAUUACAGAGAACAUUUCCACUGUCAAGAGUGCAGCGACGGGACUCGAGUUUUUGUCAAGAAGGAAGAAAUGAUCCGACACUUUAAAUGGCAUAAGAAAAGGGAUGAAAGUCUUCAACACGGGUUCAUGAGAUACUCCCCGAUGGACGAUUGUUCAGAAAAAUUCCCAAACUGCUCACAUAAUAGGAAACAAACUCACUACCAUUGUUUGAAGGAUGCCUGUGAAAAAGUUUACAUUAGCACGUCCGACGUACAAAUGCAUGCAAACUAUCACCGCAAAGAUUCCGCCAUAAUUCAAGAAGGGUUCCAAAGAUUUCGAGCCGCAGAAGAUUGCGGGACGGACAAUUGCACUUUCCGACAUCAGAAAACGACCCAUUUCCAUUGUCGAAGACCCACUUGCUCAUUUACAUUCAAGAAUAAAGCGGAUAUGGAGAAACAUAAAUCCUACCACAUAAAAGACGAACAACUAAAUCGUGACGGUUUCAAGAAAUUUAUGAAACAUGAAGAAUGCUUAUUCGCAAAUUGUCGAUUUUCUCGCGUUUGCAAUCACAUCCAUUGUAUACGAGAAGGAUGCAAUUACGUAUUGCAUUCCAGCGGGCAGCUUUAUUCGCACAAGCGCAAACACGAGCGACGAGACGCCGAGUUAGCUUACCGGAAGUAUAAACUGGCUCAAAGUCUGAUGAAAGGAAGUUUCACGGGAGACUUAAGCACGCUCAGUUUUAGCGAUUCGUUCCUCGCGAAUAAGUCGGAAGAGGAAAACAGUCGCUCCAGUUUUAACGAAAGUGGUGGCGGCGGCGGCGGGGGCGAAGGGGGCGAAUCCGAGGAUCGCAUGGUUUCGUAUAAAAAGGUCAUCCAGAUGUGCAAUUGUGAUGUCACUCAGCAAGAACAUUUCCACUGUAAAGUUGACACUUGUCUGAACGCGUUGUUGGGGUCGGUCGACGUGGCAGCUGAACACUUUAAAAAUCAUGAGAUGGAAGACAAGAUUUCCUCAUUAGCGUAUUUUACGGUUGACCCAGCCAACUUUGACGCUCAAGACUCGACCAUCCCUUGCAUCUCUGCUAAAUGUCCGUAUCAGACGAGGGAAAAACAUUAUCAUUGCUUAUGGGAUGGAUGCUCCGAGAUCAUUUUGGUCACUGAUGAACCCUUCAAACGCUUAGAACACUUUAGAACUCAUCAACUUGCUCCGAAAAUGGACUAUGGUGAUAAAGAGGGUGAAGCCAUGGACGGAUUUUUCCGUAGGAAACGAGGUCGUCCACCAAAGAAUCGUGUUAUCGAGGUCUCAUCUGGAGGCAACGAGGCGAUCUAUACCAGUUUUAAAUUACCAAAGCAAACCCCAAACAUUGGAAAUGGAGAUGGUUCCGAUUCCGAUUCAAAGGACCCAAUUGGAUUUUUAUCCUAUCCAGAAGACGUAAACUGCAACAAUGACGCCUGUCCGUAUCAGCGAUCAUCGGACAAAGAGUCUCCCAGCAAAUGUCACUACCACUGCAAUCAUCCUCGAUGUCACUUUUCUGUGUCCGAUCUUCACAAACUUUCCAACCACCUUCGAGAAUUUCACAGUGCUUGUGAUGUCGUCGAAGGGUUCAAGUACUUCGACAAAUCGUGGGACUGCGAGGUUCGAAAGUGUAAUUUUAACGGAGCCGUGGACCAUUUUCAUUGCGUCAGAGAUAGCUUUAGCUGCUCCAAGCAAUCGGAAAUGAUGAACCACGAAGCAGAUUUUCACGAGGGGAGGUCAGGAACUCCAAGUAGUGAAGAUGAAAGUGAGUCCAAUAAACCAUCCACUGCUCAAGUAGUAAAAUCAAGUGGUACUUUUUACCCGACUUAUUCACUGGACAAAUCAAAAAUCACUUCCAAUGGGGGCACCGUGAUGGAUUUAUCCGGUUCGAAUGGAAUUCCAGAGACGAAUGAGUCUAAAUCGGUCACGGAUCACUCGCUCAGUCGAAUUUUGCAAAUUCCAUCGCCAGACAAUGGUGAAACCCAGUAUGGACCCGAGAUUGCGUGUGGCCGUCCAUUCUGCAAGUUAAAGAGGAAGCAUCACUUUCAUUGUCAUCUUUGCAAUCAGGCAUUUUCCGAACUGGAAAAAUUACGCCCCCACGUGCUCAAGCAUAGCCACGUGUCACCCUUGAAAGCCCCCGAGUCCGACCAUUCGGACGAAGACUCUGUAAAAAACGAGCUAAACGAAGAUAAUCAUGAACCCGAGAAAGGCUCCAGCAAAAUUCGAGGGGACGAACAAUUCCCCCAAUUCGACAUGGGACCCAACCCAUUCCCACCGACGUCCCUGGCAAGCUUUUUAGGAUAUCCGGGACCCCCCUCGCCAUACUUGUUCCUCCAACAAAAUCAGCUAACUUCCUUGUACGCCGGGAUGAUGUUUGGUGGUUCACCGGGUGGCGUUUUUUCUCACGGAGGCGUCAUUCCUCCCCCUCCGUCCAUGGCGAAUCCGGGCGGCAUCCCACCCCAUCUGGGCGGCACACCGCCGGCCAUUCUGCCCCCCGCGGAACCCAUGGUCAUGCCCAGCAGCAGUCCGAUGCAACUCUGCAGUCAGACGAGCAAGCGACCCUCGAGUGCGUCACCUUCGUCACCAUCGUCCCCGUCAGAAGCGAAGAAGGCGAGGAUGCAGAUGCGAAUUUUGAAAGAUGAACCCGUUCCGGAAGGCUAUAUUCGUUUCCGGUUUAAUGAAGAUUGUCAAUAUGUUCAUUGUGGUUAUCGAGAACAUCAAACGCAUUUCCAUUGUACUCGAGAAGACUGCGGUUACAGCUUCUGUGACAAGACAAGAUUUGUUCAACAUACUGCUCGUCAUGAAAGACUUGAUACGUUAAUGGGUGGAGACUUUAAGCAAUUCCGUGCAAAUGUGUCAUGUGGAAGGCCAGACUGUUCUUAUAAAACUCCGCCAGGAACGACGCAAGCACAAAACAAAGCGUCCCAUUUCCAUUGUAGCAAGUGCGAAUUUGUUUGCACCGAUACGAACAAAGUAGUCGCUCAUCGCCGCCAGCAUCAGAAACUUGAUUCAAUUAUGGCUGCUGGAUUCGAAAAAUUUACACCUUCACAGAACUGCCAGGUAGGCAAAAACAAGAUUCAAGAAUGCAUCCACAGUCAAAAGCAGACCCAUUAUCACUGCUUGAAAUGUGGCUACGCAGUUUUAGGCCUUUCGCAAAUGUCUUCGCAUAAAUAUCGUCACCUGACGGAUUAAAACAGGAGAAAAUUAAUAUUAGAAAAUUAUUCGUGCCUAAAAAACAAACCGAUUAUUAAAUAUUUGUUUAUAUAAAUGUUAAUUUAGUCUGAAAGUACUGUAAAAAACGAGCAGUGGCCGUGGAAGUGGGACAAUGUCCCCACAGUUGUUUGAUGUCCCCAUCAUCUCCCCAUCUUAUAUAAACCCAUCCCUCCCCUGUCCCACAAUAUUAAUGUCCCCACAUGUCCCCACGGCCAAUGAAAAAAUAUACGACAUCCUUAAUAUCAAUCUCGUAAUUUUGUAAAAAGUUAGUAUUUAUUUAUUAUUCACACAAGAAAUGGGUGCCCUUAUAAAUGAACCAGUAUUUUUUAUUUAUCUAUGUAUGCCUCAUUUUUGUCGAGUUGUAUAAAACCUUCGCACAAAAAUGUAGCAAUUUUUUGUCCAAUGCAGAACUAAGAAAUGUAUAAAAUAGAUACGUAAUUACACACAUUGUUGCUUUCAUGAAUCCAUUUUUGUAUUGGUUUUAUGUAUCUCAUUAUUGGCAAAAAAAUGUAUUUGCCAAUAUUACUGUGAAUUGAAUAUUUUUAUUUACAGAUAUUUACAUCAAUAAGUGAGAGCUAUUUAUCCAUAUAAGUUAAUUACUUUGUAAAAUAGAACGUUACGAAAAAUUAGCUAGUCAUACCGAGGUUUAAUUAAUACUUUUUUUGCGAGGGACGAGGGAGAACAGGGAUUUUAAAAUUUAAAAAUUAGCACAAAUUUUAAUUAUGUUUCAACUCGAGUGAAAUUUCCAGUGUCAAUUUUCAGUUUUGCAUACGUAUGUAGACGCCACGUGGGUGGACACAGUGAAUCUAUUUUGUAUGGUGUUAUUAACAUAGCUUUGUUUAAUUGUGCCAUAAAUUUAUAAGUAAUUUUUUUUGUAAAUACUUAUGUAUUCUCAAUGCAGUUUAUAUUUACAUGGAUAUGCUGCUAAAUAUUUAGAUAAGUGUAAUUAUGAUACAUAAAUCGAGAUAGAUAGUCAUCGCAUGUGUUGAAUUGAAUACAUAGAUAAAAAAGGCAUUUAAAUUAGCGUCAAAUGUUACAAGUUACCCGUUACAUUAUAGUUUUAGGUAUCUAUAAAGUUAACUUAAUAGGAAUAAUUUAAUGUUAAGCAAUUGAUAAUGCAAAAAUUUGAGAUUUAAAGUUCAAAUAAAAUAUGACGAUAAAGAAUUA